UUGAGCCCAUUUUGUUUUAAGUGGAGGUGCUAAACACCUUCCCCCUGAGAUAAAAGAUGAUUAAUACCUUUGAAUGAGGGCCGCUUAGUGGCUCAAAGUCCCUUAAGUACUUAAUUAGUGAAAGGAUGGGUCUGACAGCACACGCGGGCAGCGCUGGAGAGCUGAGGAGGUGUGGAGGAGAUGCUCUUUGAUCUGCUGGCCUCCUAACAGCAGGCAUUAGAGUCAUGGAAAUUCGAUUAGUUCUCUCCCAUUCACCUCACGCUCAGCAGCAGUUGACCCGAUGCAGGUAUAAAUAUCCCAGAGGAGCAGGACUGAAGACACAGACCUGACGCGACGAACAUUACUAUGGGUUUACUGCCGCUGCUGGUGUUUCUUCUGCUCUGUGCCGUCCAUCAGACCUUCACAGCUGUUUUAGGUAGAAACACAGAAUCCAGAAACCUGUUCACAGAGAGAGCCUGCUGCAGACGCCAGGGUCACGUCAUCUACAUCGGCAAAGAUAUUUCUGGCAGUCCUGUGAAUGUUGAUGUGGGCAUGUGCAGAACGCAUUGUGGCCAAUCAGUGCGCUCUGUGUCACUGGAGGCGGGGCUAAGGGCCUCCAAAUAUUCCUCAAUGCUCGAAUUCCUGCGACACAAAAAGAUGAGGCGUCUGGAUCAAUCCUCAGGAGCUGCAGACUCUAUCAGCGGUUCCCCGUCCUGCGGUCUGAGCUCCACCUGCGAGCCGGCCGGGGUGCGUGUGGACCGUGUGAUGCUGUAUGAAGGUCUGCGGGAGGUCGAGGUCAUCGAGGACUGUCACUGCGAAGCGAAAAUGAGCCAGUGUGUACGAGCACCGUCGCUGAAAACAUAUUACUCUGAGACUUCGUACGAGACCGUCAUAGACGCGGGCAAAUGUGUCGGAUCGAAAGGGGCACCAGAGGGAUUUUCAUGCGUGCCGACUAAGUUUGAUUCCACUCUCAUUGAAACUCCAAAUAAAGUGGAGUUGGUCCAAACAGUGGCCCAGUGCAAACUAAUGGAGGGAUGUUACCGAAUCCCGUAUGUAGAGUAUCACCAUGAGAUCACGUACAACGAUGACGGAAUCAAAGUAGAAAGCCUGAGAGAAAUAGAUGUUGGCAGAUGUUUGGGAAGCUGCACCUCAGGGAGCCGCUGUCUUCUCAGGAGCGCAUCUGAUCUCGGUGAAUGUCUGCUGUGGGCUGAAGGACAGGGUAAUGCUUGUGUUCCUCAAGACUACGAAAGCCACACUUUCCUCAGUCAACACGACCAAAUCCGCACCGUUCUGGCCAUCACUUCCUGUCUAUGCCAGUCUUAAACACAGCGUCCUCUACUGGGUGGCUUAAGCAACUACAGUGGGAUCUUCUUGAAGUUCCCCUCAUGGAUCAUUUGCACGGCUGUAAUGUGCAUUAAUGGACAGAAGUGUAAAGACAUGAUGCAAUUAUGUCAUUCUGAUAUUUUUGUAAUAUAUGUAAAUUAUGUAAAAAGUAUUUUGUAAAUAAAAUCUAUGUCACAAA